AUGUAUUUGCCAGAACUUGUUUAUGUGUAUAAUGUUACUCCUCAUUCUUCUACAGGGUUUUCCCCUUAUUAUCUCCUUUAUGGAAGAGAACCGAAUUUACCCGUAGAUUUCUUACUAGGGAUCAACAAUGACAGCGAGUCCUUCGAAGUAGAUGAAUGGUUACACACACACAGAGAACGCCUUCGAUGCGCAUGGGCUGCUGCUGAGAAAAACACAGAAAAAAGUGCAGAAAAACGACGCGAGUUCCAUGAGAGGAAAUUUACUCCUUGCUCUAUUGAUGUCGGAACAAAGGUUCUCUUGAGAAAUCAUGUACAAGGUAGGAACAAAAUACAAGAUGUGUGGAAACCAGAUCCUUAUAUCAUAACUGAGACAUUGCAAGAAAAUGUUUACAAGGUUAAGUCAGCGGAUGGGUAUGAUGAUGUAAAAGUUCUACACAGGAACGAGAUCUUAGAUACUAAGGAAAAAGCCAACAAUGAUAUUGACCUUUGUGACGAGCCUGACUCAGACGAGGAGAUAAAGACAUUCGAAUUUACAGAAAUAGAAAAUGAAAAAGAUAACCCUGAUCCAGAAUCUCAGGUAAGUUUAGGUGAAAACGAUAAUAAAGAAGACUCGAUGCCUCCGGAAGAUAAUAUUGCAGAGAACAAGCAGUCUGAUAUUUUAGAUUCUCUAUUGCAAUUUACCCCGGGUCAGAGUCCCACUGACAAUAAGGUUUCUGCUGGACAUGGGCAAGAAAUACCUCUUACACGCUCUAAUAGGUCAACGGCGGUUAAGCAUCCCAACCCUUUCAAUUUGCCUAAAUCAGUGUUAUCCAGAAACAUGUCAGUAAACGCAGAUUCUUCUAGUUCUGAGUUUCAGGAUUUCGGAAAUGCUGUAGCAGCAUUAGGUGCAAGUCUAAGCGCAAGCUCAAGUCAAACGUUUUCAGAAUACUUGCAUAUGAAAAACAGGUCAAACUCAGAUGAUUGUACAUAG